AUGGACGGUGUGGCUGGCUCUCCCGCUGCGUCGGCCUCACGCUUGUGCUUGGACAAGCCCCGGCUCCUAGUGUGGAGGUCCAGCCUGACUCUCAAUGCCAUCUCUGUUCUGGGGCUGAGCUUGACUCGGGCCUUGCCUGAGGAGGGCAGGUGCGGGACGUGCCUGCAGUCAGCAGAGGCGCAGCUGUGCCCCGGUGCUUCUGACCGUGCAGGGCCGAGACGGGCUCUGCCAUCUCGAAGUGGCCGGAGAGUGCUUGUCCCUGGCUCCUACAUGGGCUGCUGGGGCAGCGGGGACCCUGUGUCCACUGCGCACCUCUCAGUGUCAGGAUUUCUGGGACCACAUGAACUGGGGGUGCUCAGGAGCAUUGGUGGUCUGGGCACCAGCUGUCUUGGGGCAGAGGUGAGCUUGAGCUUGACGUUCUCGCUGUCUCUUCAAGUUGUGCCAUGGGAGAUGGAAGAAGCAGCCAAUCAGAAGCUUGCUCUGCAAAAGGCCAAAGAAGUGGCUGAAGUCAGUUCCAUGUCUGCUGCCAACAUCUCCGUUGCUGCUUCCAAGAAACAGAAGAACUCGGCCAAGGCGCACUCGGUGUGGGAGCAGCGCGCCAGCCAGCUGCGGCUGCAGAACCUGAGGGCCAGCUGCGAGGCGCUGUACAGCGAGAUGGAGCCCGAGGAGAGGCUGCGCUACGCCACCAGGCGCCACCUGGGGCCUGACAUGAAGACGCACCUGGACCGGCCGCUCGUGGUGGAGCUAGGGCGCGACGGGCCACGGGUCCCCGCGGGAGGCAAGGCCCGGCCCGAGGGCCCGGAGGCUGCCGAGGGCGCGGACCCGACCGGCACCGCGACAAGGCUGCGGCCCCGGCCCCGGCCCCGGCGGCAGCGGGGGAGCAGGACAGGGUGGACGCGCCGAAGGCCGAGGGCGGGGAGCCCGGGGCCCGGGAAGAGCGGACGAGGCCGCACCGCAGCCGCAGCAAGGAGACCCGAAGCGAGCGGGGCCGCGGCCCGGGCCCCGAGGGCGGCCGGCGCCACCACCGGCGCGGCUCCCCAGAGGAGGCGGCCGAGCGGGAGCCGUAGCGCCACCGCACCCACCGGCACGCACCCGACCAGGGCAAGGAAGGCGGCGCGGCCGGGGCCAAGGGCGAGCGGCGAGCGCGCCACCGCGGCGGCCCACGGGCCGGCCCCAGGGAGGCCGGGAGCGGGGAGGAGCCCGCGCGGCGGCACCGGGCCCGGCAAAAGGCGCGGCCCACGCACGAGGAUGUGGAGAAGGAGGCGGCGGAGAAGGAGGGCGAGGUCGACGACCGGGACAAGGAGAAGGAGCUCCGGAGCCACCAGCCCAAGUGAGGAAGUGCGCAUGCGGGUG